AUGAGCUUCUUGUCCCGCGCGGUGACGUUCUUCGGCCUUAUCCUGCUUGUCCAUGCAGGUUACUCCGCCCAUGAACACACUGUCCUCUUCAGCAACCUCGCGUCUACCGCCCUCCCGCAAGACAUCAUCAUCGAAACCCUCGUUUCAGUACUCGUCGUCUCAAUUGGACUCGUCCUCAGUGCACAAAAGCUCAAGCCAGUCAGCUGGCGCGACUGGGCAGGUGAGAUUGAGCGCGAUGGCGGUGCGCGUAACCCGUACCUGAGCUUGGAGGAACGAUAUGGAUUUUGGGAUAUUCGGGCCAAGCGCAGAGAGUUCGCGGAUUGGGUGCGUGGUCAGGAUGUGACAAUUAAGGAGUGA